AGAAAACUUGGAUAGAGAAAACAUUUUGCAAACGGGAAUGUAUCUUUGUAAUUCCCAGCACAAAAGACCCCAACAGGUGUUGCUGUGGCCAACUCACCAAUCAGCAUAUUCCCCCUCUGCCAAGUGUAACUCCCAGCAAAAAUGAAGAGGACAACAAACAGGCAGAGACUCAGCCUGAAAAAUGGUCUGUUGGCAAACACACCCAGAGCUACCCAACAGAUUCCUAUGGAAUUCUUGAAUUCCAGGGUGGUGGAUACUUCAAUAAAGCCAUGUAUAUCCGUGUAUCCUAUGACACCAAGCCAGAUUCCCUGCUUCAUCUUAUGGUGAAAGACUGGCAGCUGGAACUCCCCAAGCUAUUAAUAUCGGUACAUGGAGGCCUCCAGAACUUUGAAAUGCAGUCCAAAUUGAAGCAGGUGUUUGGGAAAGGUCUGAUCAAGGCCGCCAUGACCACGGGGGCCUGGAUCUUCACAGGGGGCAUCAGCACAGGUGUCAUCAGCCAUGUGGGGGAUGCCUUGAAAGACCACUCCUCCAAGUCCAGAGGCCGGGUCUGUACUAUAGGCAUUGCUCCGUGGGGCAUGGUGGAGAACAAGGAAGACCUGGUUGGGAAGGAUGUAACAAGAGUGUACCAGACCAUGUCCAACCCUCUGAGUAAGCUGUCUCUGCUCAACAACUCCCACACUCACUUCAUCCUGGCUGACAAUGGCACUUUGGGCAAGUAUGGUGCUGAGGUGAAGCUGCGAAGGCAGCUGGAAAAGCAUAUCUCUCUGCAGAAGAUCAACACAAGACUGGGGCAGGGUGUGCCAGUCGUGGGUCUCGUGGUGGAAGGGGGCCCUAACGUGGUUUCUGUUGUCUUGGAAUACCUCCGAGAAGACCCUCCUGUCCCUGUGGUGGUUUGUGACGGCAGCGGACGAGCCUCAGACAUUUUGUCCUUUGCACACAAGUACUGUGAAGAAGGAGGGUAGGAUUUCUGUCAUGUGACAAAGGGUGGGGUAAUAAGUGACUCCCUCAGGGAUCAACUGCUAGUCACCAUUCAGAAAACAUUUAAUUACAGCAAGACCCAAUCACACCAGCUGUUUGCGAUAAUCAUGGAGUGCAUGAAGAAGAAAGAACUCGUCACGGUGUUUAGAAUGGGUUCAGAGGGUCAGCAAGAUGUCGAGAUGGCAAUUUUAACUGCCCUGCUGAAAGGAACCAAUGCGUCCGCUCCAGAUCAGCUGAGCUUGGCAUUGGCUUGGAAUCGCGUUGACAUAGCACGAAGCCAAAUCUUUGUCUUUGGACCCCACUGGCCGGUAAACUGCCUUUCAAUUCAUAUUACUUAUCAUGACUUCAUACAGAUGAUAUAUUAGUGUGUCCUCCCUUGUGACAUGGAUUUCAGAAAAUGAUCUUUGGUUUCUGACAAUCUGAUAGGCCAUCUGUUAAGAUUAUUAGAUCUUGCUGUUUAAUUUGAGAGAACUCAAAGAAGCAAGAGCUAUAAACACUAAUUCCACCUUCAAACCUGUCUUCUUAAAGAAACUAACCACAAGAUGUUUUACCACUGGCAGUGAAAAUGCUUUCUUUUUCUUUUAAAGAAAAGAAGAAGAUAAUUGCUCAUUAAAAUU